CACCCCAUCAAAAGCCUCACGAACCUAGCUUUCGAGCACCUUCUUUUCAAAAGACAACAUUGCUGUUCAUUUGCAAGCCUCUGGGAAUUCCUUGCGACUAUCUUCUAAACAUCCAGCACCUACCGAAGCAGAAGACCACUCCGCAUAAAGUCUGUCAUCAACCCGAGCGUUCCUUUCAGGAUGGCGGAGGCAACAGCGCCCAAGCCAAGCAGCAGCGUAAAGCUCGUCCUUCUUGGUGAAGCAGCAGUAGGAAAGUCUUCUCUUGUGCUACGGUUUGUGAACAACGAUUUUCAAGAAAACAAAGAGCCAACCAUUGGAGCUGCGUUCCUUACUCAAAAAUGCAACUUGCCAACCCGGACCAUCAAAUUCGAGAUAUGGGACACUGCGGGACAAGAACGUUUUGCGUCCCUUGCGCCUAUGUACUACCGAAAUGCCCAAUCCGCUCUCGUCGUUUACGACCUAACAAAGCCAACAUCACUCAUCAAGGCAAGGCACUGGGUUGCAGAACUUCAAAGACAGGCCUCACCAGGAAUCGUUAUUGCGCUAGUGGGAAAUAAGCUUGACUUAACAAAUGAUCCUAGUACUUCGAGCAAUGCUUUAGGUGAAGAUGGCGAUGGUGAAGCAGCUGAUGGAGAAGAUGCAGAUGGAGAUGCGAGAAAGGUCUCGACGGCCGAAGCCAAGUCGUAUGCGGAGGAAGAGGGCCUAUUGUUCUUCGAGACCAGUGCGAAGCUGGGAACCAAUGUGACUGAGGUUUUCACUGCUAUCGCGAACGCUAUUCCGGAGACAUCUUUAAAAGGCGCAAGAGGACCAGGUGCUACGUCAGGUAGCACAGGGAGGACAGAAGACCAGUCAAGGGUGAACCUGACUGGACCAAGGGACAACGCCUCGAAGGAAGGUUGUGCUUGUUGAUCUCAUUCAUUAUGUUGUUAUGAAAGCGCUUUCCUUUUUCUUCAUGGUCGUCGGUACUCGGGGUUUUGCAAGGUGGUUCGUUUUUGCGAAGAGAAAUGAACUCUUACGAUCCAUUAUGUUGAUACAAUAGCAUUGAGCACGGGAAGACAAGAGUAAAUUUCCUCGGAGGGUCAUCCAUCACUUGUAUUUUGUGCUGGACAUGCAUCCAUCACAUGACAUUCUCCCAAACUUUCAGUAUCUGGUCAUUGUUCGGCAUGUGAACGGCUUUGGUCUACGACUAAACUUUCUCGCAUGACUGUUCUCAACAUUCUACAUCUCGCCAACGAUCGAAUUGAGGUGUUCCACCACAUUUGAGAGGCGAGGCAAGAUUCAAAAC